CUCUACACCGGGUCCGUGUGCCACCUCUCCCUGCUUGGGCGCCGAGGCGCGAGCGCUUCCCUUCCCCCCUGCGAGCGUGCGGAUAAUGUCUGAGAAUGUCCAUUUCUGGGACGCUUAGCAGCUAUUAUGUCGACUCGAUCAUAAGUCACGAGAGUGAGGACGCGCCUCCAGCCAAGUUUCCUUCGGGCCAGUACGCGAACCCGCGGCCGCCGAGCCACGCCGAGCACCUGGACUUCCCCUCGUGCAGCUUCCAGCCCAAAGCGCCGGUGUUCGGCGCCUCCUGGGCGCCGCUGAGCCCGCACGCGUCGGGGAGCCUGCCGUCGGUCUACCACCCCUACCUGCAGCCCCAAGGCGCGCCGGCGGCAGAGAGCAGGUACCUCCGCACCUGGCUGGAGCCCGCGCCGCGCGCCGAGGCCACCCCGGGGCAGGGCCAGGCAGCGGUGAAGGCGGAGCCGCUGCUGGGCGCGCCGGGGGAGCUGCUCAAACAGGGCACGCCCGAGUACAGUUUGGAAACUUCGGCGGGCAGGGAGGCUGUCCUGUCUAAUCAAAGAGCCGGCUACGGGGACAAUAAAAUUUGCGAAGGAAGCGAGGACAAAGAGAGGCCGGAUCAAACCAACCCCUCUGCCAACUGGCUGCACGCCCGCUCUUCCCGGAAAAAGCGCUGUCCCUACACCAAAUAUCAGACGCUGGAGCUAGAGAAGGAGUUUCUGUUCAAUAUGUACCUCACCAGGGACCGCAGGCACGAAGUGGCCAGACUCCUCAAUCUGAGUGAGAGACAAGUCAAAAUCUGGUUUCAGAACCGGCGGAUGAAAAUGAAGAAAAUGAAUAAGGAGCAGGGCAAAGAGUAAAGACCAGUCACACCCUUCCCUACCUCACUCUGCUUAUUUAUGGGAUGGCUGCAAAGCCACUGCUGUCUGUGAUGUGUCCAAGUGAGUGGGGAAGGGCGGCCAUCUCCUCUUUAAAGUCCCUCACCUGCACCUGGAGCCUGUCUCCCCUCCUUUGCCUGUCCUUGUCUCCCCCCCAGGUGUCAGAAGGGAGUUUUGCUAAGUUAGAAGCUAGCUGUAGUCAGUUCCUAGGAAAGUGAUGAACCUCCAGGAGACAGAACCCUAGUCAAGCUCCUAGCAUCCCCCUCCCCUGUUCCCCCCAUAAGUUUUCUGGAAAAACCCAGCCCCUCUCUUCCAACCUGCCUGUUCCCUCCCUGUUCCUAACCAGAAGUCACCCAGGAACAGUUUAACUGUACACACCCCCAACAGAUGCCCAUAGUCAUAAAGUUUGGACUCCACACUAAUAAUGGAGAAAGUGACACCCAAUGUGCAGUGUUCACCAAAUCCAGCUGGACAGCCAUCCAGUCAGAUUCAAACCCCUGGUCCAAAAAGGCACAGGGUGGGAUGUCUAAGGAGAAUCCUUAAUGGGCCACUGCAGUCCAAAGUCUCAUCAUCUGAGUACUUCACCCUGUGGAAUUGCCAACUAUACCCCAGGCCUCAGGGCCUGUGGGUAGAUGGGGCCCACCCAGGCCCCAAGAUGUUGUGAGCUAAAAAUGGCAAAAAAAAAGAGUAGGAUUUUAUGAAGGUACCUUUAGUGGAGCCCCCUCGUAUAUUUUCUUUGCAGGAAGUGUUUAAUUCUGCAUGUUUUCCUCUCCUUCCAACUAAAGAAGGUCAAACUGGGUCGCAGAGCCUUGACAAUGCCAUUCCCCCAUUCACACGUCCCCCUUGACAGACUGCAGCUUUUCUUGCUGAUCACAGGUCUUGAAUUCUCCUCCAUUCCUUCUAGCUCGAAAAUCAACUCUCCUUUUGGCUAAAUCCAUCUUGCACCAGUGAGUCAAGUCUCCUCAUGUAGAAAUAAAGCCCCUUCACCCCUUGCUAGGUCGACCCCACCUUAGAGAAGGCCGGGUCAGGAGAGUCUGGUAGAGAAUUUAUUGUGAAUCCAUUUCCCAGCUCCCUUCCAGAGCAGGACAAGAGGAGCAGUGGCCUCUGUGAGCAGGGCUAGUGGGUCUCUCCCCAUUUCACUGGUUUCCUGGCCCACGAAGAAGAGAGCCCCCUGGCACCCAGCCAGAGGGUCAAAGGAAGAUUUCCCCCAGAGAUCAGAAUGGGGACUUCACCUCCUGCAGAAUACACUGCUGUGCCCACCCAGCUGAUGCAUGCUGGCACACAGUCCCGUGUGCAAAGGAAAGAGGCAAAAUCGUGCCUCUCCACGGGGCAGAGGCUCACCUUCUGCUUCUCCCCCCCCUGCUUCUCAAUCCCUUCCACCCGUGGACUCUUUCUCCUGCUUCUCCUGGCCCUGCAAAGAGGUCAUUCCAGUAGAACUUUGGAGUUUUAUUUUAUUUUUUGCUUUGUCAGUGGCUGUGGUGAAACUGUGCUUGUGUUUUGUGAUUUCUUUGGCAAUGGUUUUCAGUUGUUGCUCAUAAGGGAGG